UGCCUGGGAGCAAAGCUGUUCUGCUGUGGGAAGGAGAGGCUUUUGUUACUUAACAAGUCUGUGCUAUGACCCCACCCAAUCUCAAGGUAACUUUGUUCCAUAUUAGAUAAAACCUAUAAUCACUUUAUUUCUCUCAGCUUCCUUUACGGGGAGACUGCUGGCGGUUAGAGGUGGGCCUUCCUCCUCUCUGGCGUCUCAAUGGACCAGUCGCUGUAAACCACUGUUCUCUGGUUUUUCCUCGGGCAAGUGAAUAGUGUUUUUUCCUGAUGUCUUUGUUUGUGGGGUCUGCUGUUCCCGAUGUUUGUUGCUGUUUAUUCAACCCAGAACUUUCCUCUCGAGCUUCAUAAAGCUUGAUCUUAACAUGGUCAUGAGGUCCAAUGACUUGGUGGGUGGGGGUGGGGGAGAUAACUUUUUGUUAAAACCUCUGCUCUUGUAUAGGGCAGGAACUUGAAGCAUGAGAAAUAUUUCCUGUUCCAGUUAUAGUUUGAAUCUCAGAGGUCGGUCAUUGGUGAUUUUGUUUUGUCAGUAAUCGUUGCACAUACCUCCCCCUCCUGGCUUUUUCUUUGUGUUGUUGUUUUCUCUCCUGGCUUUCCUAGGAAAACACCUCCCAGAUAUAGGCCCUGCCUGGCUGCUUGACUAUUACGGUUUCAGGGCCUGGGCAUUACGCAAUCCAGCCAGUUACACAAACACAGGUCAUUUCAUAACUUGUUUUCAUCAGCUGGGCCCCCUUUUAAUGAAAGAAACAAAACAAAAACAAGACCCAGAACUUUUCCAAGGCUGCCAUUUAUCUGUUCCUUAGGUAACUUGUGAAAAUAAAUCAAGGGGACAGCUCUUUUCUGGUAUCAAGGAAUAGCAGACUACCUCUCUUCUUUGUAGCAGCCACCCUUCCCAAAAGACAGACGCACACACAAAAUUUCCCGGAGUGAACUUUUGCCAACUGUACCAGGCUGGGACAUUCCUCGCAUCAAAGAACUUUUACCAGAAAUGACUGUGAUUCCCAAGUCAGCCCUAAUCAUACCUCUCUAGUGCCCCCUACAGGACACUUGUAGAAGAACCAUCUGGGGAAUGUAUUUUUCCAGCUUCAAAGAUUGAACUUGAAAUUCCGGGUAGAUAUGCCUGGUUCAGGCAGUGCCUUCAUCCCCACCAUCAACGCCAUCACGACCAGCCAGGACCUGCAGUGGAUGGUGCAGCCCACAGUGAUCACCUCCAUGUCCAACCCGUACACACGCUCGCACCCCUACAGCCCCCUGCCGGGCCUGGCCUCCGUCCCCGGGCACAUGGCCCUCCCCAGACCCGGCGUGAUCAAGACCAUUGGCACCACCGUGGGUCGCAGGAGGAGAGAUGAGCAGCUGUCCCCCGAAGAGGAGGAGAAGCGUCGAAUCCGGAGGGAAAGGAACAAGCUGGCUGCGGCCAAAUGCCGGAACCGACGCCGGGAGCUGACGGAGAAGCUGCAGGCGGAGACAGAGGAACUGGAGGAGGAAAAGUCAGGUCUGCAGAAGGAGAUCGCGGAGCUGCAGAAGGAGAAGGAGAAGCUGGAGUUCAUGCUGGUGGCCCACGGGCCCGUGUGCAAGAUCAGCCCUGAGGAGCGCCGGUCGCCCCCAGCCCCGGGGAUGCAGCCCCUGCGCAGUGGGGGCGGUGGUGUGGGCGCCGUGGUGGUGAAACAGGAGCCCCUGGAAGAGGACAGCCCCUCGCCCUCAUCGGCGGGGCUGGACAAGGCCCAGCGCUCUGUCAUCAAGCCUAUCAGCAUCGCGGGGAGCUUCUACGGGGAGGAGCCCCUGCACACCCCCAUCGUGGUGACCUCCACGCCUGCCAUCACUCCGGGCACCUCGAACCUCGUCUUCACCUACCCCAGCGUCCUGGAGCAGGAGUCGCCAGCGUCGCCCUCCGAGUCCUGCUCCAAGGCUCAUCGCAGGAGCAGUAGCAGUGGGGACCAGUCGUCAGACUCCUUGAACUCCCCGACUCUGCUGGCUCUGUAGCCCAGCUGCCAGGGGCUCCUCGUCACUGCCUCCUCCCCGGGGACCAGCAUCCUGAGAGCUCCAGGGCUGCGAGGGCACGAGGGGAUGCUGCCGGGCUGGCUCUGGGGGGACCUCGGUGGGAUUCAGCAGUGAAGCACUGGAGCGCUGGGGUGAUCUCUCGGAAGUCGUGAAACCUCCUCCCUCGUUCAUCUUGCAGAGCGAAUCCUGUUUCUUGAAAACCUUGGAGAACCUAGCGUAGUGGACUCGGGCAUCCCUGGCUUCCGAAGAGCCCAAAGCCGGUGCGGACCGUUCCUGUCCGUCUGAGGACGUAUCCAGAGUGGUGGCGCCCUUCCCUGCCCUCGCAAGCAUGCGCGGUGCCUUUGACUUCACCUUCCCUCCAACUGCCCCUUCCAUCCCCCAGUGUCAAUUUCACUUCCUCUUGGUUUUUAUGAAAUUUGCCAUGACAUUUCAUCUGGGUGGUCUGAACAUGGAAACUCUCCAUUUCUGGAGAUGGGGCAGCCAGCUGGUGGCCCUUUUACUAGGGCCGACUUGUCCAGGAGGGGACAGUCAACGUGCAAUACAGAACCUUCCCUCUCCCGGCACUGCCUGCUCCACCCCACCUCCAGAAGCACCGGCAGGGCUCCCGGCCCGAGCUGUCCAGGAGACACACCCGUCGCUGGGAGGUGCAGAGGCAGGACCUUUCCUCCCCAUCCCUGGAGACAGCUCUUGGAGGAGCAGCCAGAAGACGGGGUGUGAGUGAGACAGCCAGGGCACAGGUUGCGUUUGCCAAACACCUAAUUAACAGGCCAGGAAUAGUGCCAACAAGCCACACGGUGUUUGAGCCGGCUUCCCUUCACUGGAGUCUUGAGCAGGACGGCUCCUGUAAUUACUGCCUCACCAUUCUGCCCCGGACCCUUCUCUCCAGACUAGGGAGGUGUCCCUCCCUAAGAGCCACGCAGCACUCCACGUCCCCGCUGGCUCCGCCCUCCUCCACCCUGGCUGUCAGGGUGACGCCACCCACAGAGAUUUAAUGAGAGAGGGCCUGGACCCUCCCCAGGUUGCUGCCAGAUGGCCCCUCCCCAAGCUUCUUAGGCACCUUUGCUGUGGAUGGGAAGGCAGGGGAGGGAGGAGGGAGGCCCAUGGAGUGGGGUUCACCUCCCACCAGCCCUGGUACCUGGCUUGCCCUUUCCUGGCUGCGCACCUCUCCAAAGUGCCCGUUGACAACUGGUGGAUCAAGUGCUUUCUCUUUAUACUCCCAACGUCCCCCCCCCAGUGUGCUCUGUGGGCCCCACAGCCGGCCUGGAGCUCUUGCUACAGCUCGCUGCUUAUGCAUCAUUCCUGGGGCUGCUGAAACAUGAGCUGAGAUGUGAUGUUUCUGGCUGUCCCCUUCCCACAGGUAGAAGGUGGGAAAGGGCUCCUCCUGGCCCCUAAGAGCAGAACUCAGCAGAGCUCAGCGUGGUCUGGGCCUCUUACCCCUGUGAGCGCCCCCCCCCCCCCCACCGGGCCCAGCCCCUCUGAUCUCCCAGAGUUGGGCCUGUGCUGGGCGAACGCUCUGAGGGAGACCUUGCUGUUGGGAUUCAGCUCUGGAGACUGUUGUGUGAUAAUUGGAAACUCUGUAGCUGUUAUUUAAAUCUAACCCAGUGGGGGCUAAGGGAGAGAGCAGUGACUGCUUCAAGCUCACCCAUUCUUUUGCACACCUAGGCCUCUGCACUGGUCCCUGAUCAGUGCCCAUGGGCUCCGCCCCACACACUCCACACACAGAAGGCAAUGGCCUGUGCUUAAAACACACAGCCGCUGCGACUGGAAGUGAUGUGUGAAAGGAGAGGUGAUUUAAAGAAAAAAAGGGGUUUUGUCCAAAAGUACCUUUUAAAUGUCAUUUCCUACAUUCCUCGGCUGUGAUGCUGCCUUCCUGGUUUUCCCGCGGUUCUGGGAGAGGUGUGCCUGAUAAGAACGGGCAGUUAGGUUUCUGGCUUCAGGCUAAUCCAAGAGGCAGGAGUCAGCCAGAAGUGGCCAGAGACUGGCAGAGAAAGCUGGGGUGCUCUCGGCUCCAAAGAGCUUAAUCAUCUUGAGCGGUGUUUGUGGCCACUAUUUGCAUGUAUAUAUAUAAAGUGAAGCUGCUUCCUGGUGCUUCAUUUCUGAAGGUCCUUUGUGCUCUAGUUUGCACGGCACCGACCCCAAGGCAGGGCACAAUCUGUGACUUGGCCAGGCUGGUCAUUUCCUGAGACGGAGUUUGGCUAUAGUUUGGACUUCAGGCUGUGUCGGCUUCGGGACCAGCCGAAGGCAGUACCCCAGCCACCUCCAGGGGACUCCCAGCUGCAUUCCCAUUCGGGACCCUCUGGCUCUGUCCUAGGAGGCAGUAGGAGGGUAUUUGGGGAAGGCCGACUGGUAUACCCAAGUCAAGAGCAUGCCCUCAGUUACUUCCUCUGGCUUGUUCUCCAAGUUCGUGUGCACACCUGCCACCUUGCUCUAGAGCCACUGGGCAUCAGGCCUGCUGCUUCUCUCUCCAUGGCUCCAGCUAAGGGAACAGCUGCUGCGGGGGGCUUUGCACUUGGCUGGGAACCGCCGUGCUUCCCCUGUGUCCCCAGCCGUGAGGCAGCUGGGGUGGACCCCAGCUGGGCUGCGGGCAGCUCUGGGACAGCUUAGGGCAGGCACUCCUUGACAAGCUAGUGUGGAAUGCAGUCUCGGCCCUCUGGCUGGCCUCUCUGGGACAGACCUCUUCCUGGCCAGGUGGAGGAGGACAGCUGCCGACACAGGAAAGAGGGGGUCCCAGGUGGAGCUUAGGAAGUGGCUGGGGCCAGCUCUGAGCAGAGAACUCGCUGGGGAGGUUUUCAGAAAGAAAUUGCUCUGCCUGUGUAAAAGGCCAGGUGUGUCCACUGUGGCCAGUCCCACAGGCACGUCAAAGCCAAGCGCCAUCAGAGGCUGCUGCUUCCCUUCCUCAGGCUUCAGGGGGAGGUGUUUUGUCCUUGCUCCCACUUGGCUCCAAGUGUAAGGGCGGGCUCAACUCCAUACGUAUUGGGACUCCUCUACCCUGUCCUUGAGGGACCAACAGUGCUCCUUGCAAUCUCACCAUGUAACUUUCAGGUUGAUUUCCUUCCUGAUCAGAUAGAUAUCUAUGUGGCCCCUUUAAGAAGGAAAAAAAUCAGCACCUACUAUGUGCCAGGCACUGUGUUAGGCACUUUUAUAUAUACCCUCUUUAGGAUGAGAGUAAGGGAUGAGGGCGUCCCUUAGCGAAGGUCCCCCAAACAUGGAUAAACAAAAACUUGGAGGUGAGAAGGUCUGUCUCCAAAAAUCCAAGGCAAGAUUGUCUUCAGUCUGAGGUUGGUUCUCAAAGAGCCACCCCCUACAAUAUCCUUCCACCUCCAAUUUCUUCUUUUCUCUCCACCCCGUGAUGUACUCCUUUGCCCUCCUCCAAUGGUCGGGGGUGGGGGUAACCCAAGUCCUUGUAGAAUUUGUGGACCAACAGGACAUGUGGUGUGUGUAACUGUCUUUUAAAAAUGUAAGUAAAGGGGUCUUGCUACUUUCUGCUUGUUGAGUCUUUGGCAUUCAUCUUAAAAGCCAGCAUCUCACUAUUUAUUGACAGGUUGGGGGGGUGUGUGUGCGUGUGUGUGUGCAUUUCCAGGUGUGCCCCUGUCCUCCUGCAGCUCCUACAAAGGAAACCCAGCCAUCCCACCACUGAUCUGACAUCUCCUCAUGCUUCUAGUGUUUUGGCCGAACAUCAACAAAGGGUUUUAAUUUUCCAGUUCAGGAGGGGCUGGGUCCAAUUUUGAGAAGGGUCUGGGAAGGGGAGGGGGAGAAGAAAUUGAUGUUUAUUUUAUUAUUUAUUUUAAAUGUUUACAUCCUUGUGUUGUACCAAGCCUGAAUAGAAACAGAUAGCAUUAAAGUACUCAGUUCCUCUCUCCCUCUCUUUUCUUCCUUAUUUUUUAAAAAAAAUUUAGGCUAAUGAUGCUUUUUUGUUCCUAAAAUGAUUUGUGAGUUGUGCUGUAUAAACUGUGUAAAAAGGUUCUGUUGUUAAAGAUGGAUUACCAUCCCCCCGGGGACAGGGGUCUCUAAGGAGUCAGCAUUGUAAGAGAAAACAAAAGAUCCUGUCCUGUUCCUGAAAACUUAUUUUCUCUGUAUGAUUAAAAAGUUUAUUCUAGUUA